CAAGCCAAGCCAAUGAGUAAAGCGCUCGAGAGCGGGCGGGUGAUUCGGCUAGAAGAAAUUAGCGUUAGUUGCAACGUUACGUUUUUCUUCUUGAAAUUUUAGCUUCCACUUUCCUCCACGAUGCACAGAAAACCUAGAAUUCCCCGUAAAAUUGCAGAUCGCAACAUGACACGCAGCGACUUGCGCAAAAUGCUACAAAGUAUUAGAACAAAGCGCCUGACGGAGCAGUCCGAUCUCAACUCAGAACAAGAGGUGGCCGGCGAUUUCCCCGAAGGCGAGGUACAAGUGAAAAGUAGCAGUGGAACUGGAAUUAACGUGUGCAUCUUUCCCUGUAACAAUGCUGUGGAGCACGUGGUUUCUGAGUGUUUAAAAACUGCCAGGCAUUCACGUACAGCUGAAGUCAGCGAAGCUCAAAGCAGCACAACGGGUAACGUCAACGUUGCAUUGUGCGAAAAUCUUUUGACCCAGGUAUCUGAGAAGAUUGAAGCUUUGCAAAAUGAAAUGAAGUUAUAUGAAUCUCAAAACAGCCACCUGAAGGUGCUUCAGCAGGAAUACAAACAGAUGCUGAACAAACUACAGACUGAGCGUGAAGAAUUUGAAGCAUACAGGCAAGAGGAGAAGAAAAAGUUGGAAGCUGAAAUUGAGGAAGGAAAACGCAAAAUUAGGAUGCAAAAGAAAAUUCGAGAGCGUCAACGCGUUCCUGCCACAAUAGAGAGGCAAGCACCAAAGGCUAAUGAGAAGCAUGCAGAUACGGAGGCGAUCGCCCAGCUGCAAAAAAAGCUGAAACAGAGCAACAGCGAAAACAAUCGCCUCAGGAAGAAACUGGAACUCUCAGAAAAGGAGAGAGACUCUCUCAAGGCUAUGGUCAAGCAGUUGGAAGAACAGAGACUCCAGCUGCUGGAGAAGAUUGAAAAGAUGUCGGAAAUUAAGCAGGGCUUUAAUGCGGAGAGCCCGCUCGUGGCAUACAAGGGGGACUGCGCAACGGCGCAGAGAAUAUCAAAUUUUAGUUCAACGAGGUUUCAGCUUACGAAUUCCGAGCUCCAGCCGGAAUGCCGUCUCUCCAACGGACUCUCUCGGAGCAGCGAUACGCUAUCGGAAUCGAGGUUGAAGAAAGAAAUAAUGAUGGUAAGCGUCGAAAGCUCCGAGAGCCAUGUUCACAACUCACUGGAACAAUCGAGAUGUAAUCCCUCGUUGAAAUCAUCAACGCAGUACAACGGAGACACGUCGGAGUCCUCCAUCGUUAUAUCAGCGACUUUGGUCGCACGGUUCAACGUCGACGAGUCUCUAAGUAAGACUUCUCCUCCAAAGUGUUCCAGCAGUCCAUUGCUGGAGUCUGUAUCAAGAAUACAGUCAAAGCUUUUUCAGGACAAUGUACUACAACGUGUUCAAACGUUAUGUGACAACAGUGACGUUGGUACACCCAGCAAAUGUGUCGAGUUUGAACCGACUGAACAAAAUGCUGUGGUUCCUAUACAAACGGUUCCGUUAUCCGCGACGCAAUAUACUUUGCCAGAUAGCAGCUUUGUCAUUAGUGAAACAAGCCAUGGUGAAGUUAGUGCUCAUGAAUAUAAUGCUCAUCAUCUUGAACCAGAGGUAUCCGAGUGCACUCAAGAGGCGUCCAGUGUGGUUGAAACGUUCAGCGACAGCGUUGAACGUUGCACGCGUGGCAAAGUAUCGCUAAACUCUGUCUGCAGCAAGCCGUCCAAGGAACUUGUAAAGAAGAGCAGUGCCAUCCGAAAUUCAUCCAGUGCAUUGAGCGUUGAUAAUCGGAAACCAAGUUCAAGUUAUCUUUCAAUCCCCAGGUUAUGUUUAGGUGACGGUGUAGUCACGAAAGAGCUCGUAUCGUCUAGACCUCCGACUGCACAAAGAAGCCAGCUUAAUUUUCUGGACGCUUCGAAUAAAUCCGGUGAAGUUGUGAGCACUAACGUACGGGUCACCACGGAAAGGAACGCAGAAAUUCUGUCGAAAUCAAACUCCGACGGUGUCGUAGACGCACACAUGCAUGGACCACUAUCAACGGAGGAGCUAAUAAAGAAUAUAAAAGCGGAGUGUGGGAUCCUCGAAAUUCCUGCAGAUCCAGACCCUACUCCGACUCCAAACAUUACAGUAGUGGAACGACGGAAUAGCAGCCACUCUGCAGGAACGUCGGAAUGUUUAAAAGAUAUCUUAAACAAGUUUGAAUCGUCCGUGAACGGAAGAUUCGGUCCAAAUGGAGUGGAGGCAGGAUUGGUGAAGGCCACUUCAUUGAUUAAGAAAUACUCCCACAUCAACACGACAACGAACGCGCAAGCACAAACGGAAGCCCGCAAGUCUAGAUCGAUGCAGCUCCAGUGCACCGGUACCUCAACCAACCAGGGCCCUAGUCCAGUGAGAAGCGCGAGCCGUACCUGGGCACUGGAUUCCUCCGGGCAGAAGAUGUUUCUGACGGUUGUUUCUAAAGAGAUCGAUCCGUUCACUCAGGUCAUCGUGUACAAGUUUCAAAACGGCGAUCAGAAGGACCUCCAUCCUGAUGGAAAAGUGGUCUACAGAUAUGGCAAGAGUGGAACGGCACACACCAUCUUCCCAUGCGGAGACAAGGAGAUCAAAUUUGCAAACGGGCAAGUUGAAAUGCACCACAAGAACGGUGACAUCGAAGUCACUUAUCCGGACGGAACACUGCGCAACAUCUAUGCAUCCGGAGAGGAAGUCCGUAGGAUGCCCGACGGAGUUGUUGCGAGGAAAAUGGUGGAUGGAACAGAGACCGUCGAGUACCCGAAUGGUCAAAGAGAAGUACGCGCCGAGUUCUACAGGAGUCGUUAUUACCCCAACGGAACAGUCAAGACGGUUUACGCCGACGGAAAGCAGGUGACAAGGUACACCAACGGACGAGUGCGCGUCAAGGACAAGGACGGGGUUGUGCUGGUAAAUAGUGCAUCUACCCAAGUCUUCUGAAAUAUAUCAUAAUUUAUGUUUCCUGUCA